GAGCGUUUCUGGAAAAAGUCACGGCCGUUUUUUUUUUUUUGUGUGGACGGGGCCUAAUAAGUUAUAAAGUAACCGUUCCUUAGAUGGGUAUCGUUAUCCAGUCACUUCUGGCGUGGGUGGAACUUUAGGAUUCCAAGAAUGAAUGUUAACAACUUAUUUUGUGACAAGCAGUUUAUUAUUUUCUAUGUUCAUUGCAAACCAAAAUUCAUGAAAUAAUUCUGCCCAUGCAAAACUCGCGUCGUUUAGUGACAGUUGUCGCUCAUAAUAGCUCCAUGCUGUCGCUUAUCUGCACUGAUCCCACCACUUUACUGUUCCCCCUAAAACGAAAAAAGGGUGUUCUGAAUUCCCCUAUAUAUAUAUAUUUGCUUGCGUGUUAAUUCGCUCAGGCAGAUAUUAAUGCGCCCUUACCACUAGGUGUGGGGUAGCUUCACAGUUUCACACUUACCAUUUUUUUCCUAAUUUCACGAAACCUUUCAAACUUUCAGGUUGGAAACCAUGGAGAGGACCCUAGUGUGGUCACGGGGAAGGCUGCUUGACAUCUCCUCAGCUGAUCUUAUAAUUCGAGAUGUUCGGGAGAUUAUAGCUGAAGUUCGGAGAUCUGUGCCUACCACUCCGGGACAACAAGGUAUGCUUGCAUGGGGCUGCUGAUAGGAUUAUUAAUCAACGCCUAAAUUACUCAGUUUAUGGUUUGUUUUCUGACUAUUCCGUCUUAAAAAGUUCUUAAGCCCUUUUUUAAAUUUCAACUUAAAACAUGUGUAGCUAGCUAGCCAGGUGAGUAAACAUCAACAAUCUGUUAUAUUUCUCAGGCUACCAGGCACCUCUCAUUUGGACCGGAGGUCGUGGUCCCCCACAGUUAAAAAUAUCACAGGAGCAACUGUGUUUUUUGAGGACCUGUGGUUUCACUGGGAAACAGAUGGCACAGAUUCUGGGUGUCUCUGUUCGUACACUGAGCCGUCGUUUAAGGUAUGUUUCAAUAAUGGCAGUUCCCUCUUGUCUCAAUUGUUGUAAUCAUCCUGGAGGGCUGGUUAAAGGUGCAAAAGCACAUCGAAAUACCGUAGGUCUAACAUUACCUCUAUGUGCAAAUGUUAUAGGCAGUUCAACCUGAGGCGCGCUGGGACAUUUUCCACCUGCUCAGAUGCUGCCUUGGAUGACCUCAUCAGGGAGACAGUGGCUGGGAAUGACCGCAUCGGCCCAGAGUCUGUGAGGGCGCAGCUGCGUGCGCAGCAAAUUAAUGUUCAGAGGAGCAGAGUGCGUUCAAGCAUGCUGAGGGUGAACCCUGCAGCAGCUGCAGCGCGAACAAUGUCCCAGGCUCUGCAAAGAAGGGCAUAUAGAGUUGCUGGCCCAAACUCCUUGUGGCACAUCGAUGGCAACCACAAGUUGAUAAGGUGGAGGAUUGUUAUCCAUGGGGCCAUCGAUGGAUACAGCCGGUUGGUUGUGUUCCUCCGAGCCUCCGACAACAACCGGAGCAGCACGGUGAUGGAGAGCUUCCUGAGUGCUGUGGCGAAGUAUGGCGUGCCUUCGAGGGUCAGGACUGACCACGGAGGUGAGAACAACUCGGUCUGCCUCAUGAUGAACCUUUUUAGAGGGUCAAACAGAGGUAGUGCUCUCCGGGGGAGAAGCACCCACAACCAGCGCAUCGAACGGCUCUGGGGGGAUUUGUGGCGAGGAAUGUCCAACGUGUACUAUCAACUCUUCAACUUCCUGGAGAGCGAAGGUAUCGUGGACAUCGACAACGAGAUGCACAUGGCGGCACUGCACUACGUGUACCUCCCGCGGAUUAACCGUGACCUUUGCGGCUUCAUUGAACAGUGGAAUAACCAUGGACUGAGGACGGAAAGGCAUGCUACUCCACUGCAGAUGUUCGUCAGAGGUUGCCUGGAACAGCAGGGACAGACAACUACUGCAAUGCUUUCCGUAUUUGGUGGAGAAGGAGGUGCUGCUGAGGAAGGAGGUGCUGCGGAGGAAGGAGGUGCUGCUGAGGAAGGAGAAGGGGAAGACCCAGCAAGAGAGGGCGGUGCUGGUGCAGGAGAGGUGCACUGGCCUGAGAGGGUCACCGUACCUUCAAAUCAGUACCUCAUUGGGGAUGCUGUUUUGGAGCAGCUAAACAGCACCUUUGACCCUCUUGCUGGUCCUAGAGGAGACCUUGGACUGGACCUCAUCCGUGAGGUUGUGUCUCUUCUGGCAUUACAAUGAGACACUGUCUCAUUGUAAUUGUUCCCCCCCGUGGAAGGACGCUUUGAGUGCCCCCACACACACACACACACAGGGAAGGACGCUUGAAGUG